GCGUCCAACUCUAGUUCUUGACGCGGUUUUCAAGUCUCGGCAUUUGCCAUUGUGUGUUGUUUGUUAAUUUGCUUCGUUCUGUGGCCAAUUUUUAUUGGAGGCCAGCAGCAAAAUCAGUUUUUGCGGUGUGGGCCGAAAAAAACAAAAAAAAGUGUCGCAAACAGCCGCAUUAGCAUAAUUGCAUGCCGCCUUUUGCAUGUGUGUGUAAUUUGUUUGAAAGCAUCAGCAGAAAAGGCGGCAAAAAAGAGAAGCAAAGAGGGAAGUUAAAAAAAUAAAAAACAAAAACAAAAAAACUGCAACGGCAAACAUAAUUAUUUUCGCAAUGCAGCCAACGUGAAGUUGCUCCAAAAACACCGACACUCCGCCAAAAACGCACACAACGAAGCAAACGGCACUUCAUUUUUAUGCUUUUCGUUUUGUUUUUCUCUGCAUCCAGCGCACGGCAGGAAUAAACUGCAAUACAGAAAAACCUGUUAAACUUGACCUACGGUUGAAAUAUUACGACUGACAUUGAGUAGAUUAUGCGCCUUUUGUGCGCGAAACGCAAUUAACUGACAGCACUAGAAAGUAUGCUACACAAAUUUGUUUCAACUUGUUACUGCAACAAUAAAAACAACAACGGCAACCAUCCCACGCAAUUUAUUAUAUAGACUGCGUAGUGUGAAAGAGCGAGAAAGCGAGAAAGCAACACCAACUAGCAACAAGAAGUGACAACAGCAAAAACAACCAGGAAACGCAACUGGAAUAUAGAAAAUUUUACAACAAAAUACGACAAAAAACAGUAAAGCUGUUACUCCUAAAGGUAAACGGAGCCACAGACGGCAAUUACACCACAAAGAUGGCGUCCUCACCGACACCAUCUCUGGACUCGAUGCGCGGUGGAGCGAACUCGAUUGAAUCGUACGAACACGCCGGCUACCUUUCAGACUCACCGCUCACGUUGAGCGGCUCAUCGCCACCGGCCAGCGACUCGGCGAUCUGCAGUGAUGAGUACACGGGCGGGAGCAGCGUCAAGUCGCGUUCCGAGGUGACGGUGAUCAAUGGCCACCAUCCGAUCUCGGCCUCGGUGUCGUCCAGUUCAUCGGCCAGCUCAUCCUCCUGCUCGUCGUCCUCGUCGUCGUCAUCCUCGUCUUCGUCCUCGUCCUCGUCCAGCUCCUCGACCAGCGGCCUCAGCGGUUGCGGCAGCACCAGCAGCAGUGUGAUCAGCGCCAACAAUGUGGUCAGCAGCAGCAACGGCGGACCCGGCGUCAUCGGCAGUAAUCUCCAGGGUUCGAACAACGGGAGCAACGGAAGCAGCAGCAGUAGCAGCAACUCCGGCAUCAGCAGUCUGGUCGUGGGAGCCGGCAAGGGAAGCAACAACAGCAACAGCAACAGCAGCAGCAACAACAGCAACAGCUCGUCGAGCAACACAUCCGCCAAUGGAUCACCGCCGCGGUGCACCGCCUGCAAGAGCAAGUGCAGCGAUGCGGUGGCCAAGUGCUUCGAUUGCCAGAGCUACCUGUGCGCCAAUUGUGUGACCGCGCACGAGUUCAUGCACUGCUUCAACGGGCACAAUGUGUGCCUGAUCAAGGGUUUCGAGGCGAGCACCACCACCACCGGUGGUUCUCCCCUAUCCGUGGGCUCGCCCAGCAACAAUCCGGCCUCGAAUGAGUUCAAGUACGCCAGCUCCCUGACCAUGAUGCUGCAGCAGCAGCAGCAGCAGCAGCAGCAACUCGACUCGCAGCAACAGCAGCAGCAGCAGCAACAAUUGCUGCCGGCGCAGCCAAUGUCGCAAUUGUCGAAGAUUGUGCUGGCCGCCGCUGCCCAGGCAAAUUCCCAGGAGCAACAGCGGGAAGAUAGCAUCUACGGUGCACUGCAUUCCCAGCAACAGCAGCAGCAGCAGUCACAGCAGCAACAGCAACAACAGCAGCAGAGGCAACUCUUCUGCCUGCGACACAAACAGGAGCUGCUGAAGUUCAGCUGCCGCACCUGCUGCGUUCUCGUGUGCAAGGAGUGCAUUGUGAUGGAGCAUUCGACGGGCCUCCACGAACUGGAGAACGUGCAGUCGCCCGGACUGACAACCUCGACGGGAUCGACGGCCAAUGAGACGGCGCUGCAGACCCUGCUCGCCGAUAUGCGCGGCAAGAUUGGCGAGAUUGUCGGCAUUGCCGGCAAUUCGGACCAGAAUCUCACCAAGGUGAAGCUGCAAUACCAGAAGGCGCACAACGAACUGAACGAGACGCACCAGUUCUUUGCCUCCAUGCUGGACGAACGCAAGACGGAGCUGCUCAAGGAACUGGAGACCCUCUACACGGCCAAGGUGAACAGCAACAGCUCGUGGCAGCUGCGAUCGCGCGACUUGAUCGAGAAGGGCAUGGCCACCUGCGAAGCAGUGGAACAUUGCCCGGCUCCGCCAUCCUCCCUGCUGGCGGAGGCACUGCUCGUACGCAAAUCGCUGGAACAGCAGCUGCAGAUGGGCAUCCAGGAGAUGCAGAUGCCCUUCGAGAUGGAGUUCAUGUCCAACUACCAGUCGAUUCAGGCCGGCGUUCGCAACACCUUCGGUUACAUACGCGCCAGCGGCUUGGACGGCGGUCACAAUGGCCUGAGCCUGACUAGCAACGGUCACGGCAAGCAGCCGCCAAUUGCCCGACCCACACAGAGUGCGAGCAACAGCAGCGCCAGCAGUGCGGGCAGCAACCACCAUGGCCAUGGCCACCAGCAGUCGCACCACCACGGCCACCACAGUCACCACCAGACGCAGUCGCACCAUCAGCAGCUGCAGGCGCAGUCGUCGCUGCAUGGAUUGGGAUUGGGUCUGACUGGCGCCAGCUUGUUGGACAGCAGCUCGAAUGUAAGUGGAGCCGGCGGAGCCUUCAGCAACGGCGGACUCUUGCUGAACGGACGCGAUCGCAGCGCCCUGUCGGUGGAUCAGCAUUUCGGUGAACUGAUGCCCAAGCGAGGCGGUUACAGCGGCAGCAAUGGAUCGGCCAACAGCACCGUGGCUCACUACAAUCCGUACGAGAAGUGGAGCAACGGCGGCAGCGAUAAUCUCUUCUCCUCGGUGACGGGAGGAGUCACCGGCAGUUCGGCUGUGGCCGAUGCCUUCGCCAGUCUGUCUUCGGUCGGCGGAACGGUGGUGAGUGGAGGUGGAGCCGGCGGUAGCACUGUGAGUUCGGAAUCGCUGCUCGAUCUGACCAAUAAGCUGCUCUCGGCCACCAUCUAUCCGCCCAAGUCGCAGAUCAAGCGCCAGAAGAUGAUCUACCACUGCAAGUUCGGCGAGUUCGGCGUGAUGGAGGGCCAGUUCACGGAGCCCAGCGGCGUGGCGGUGAAUGCCCAGAACGACAUCAUCGUGGCGGACACGAACAACCACCGCAUCCAGAUCUUCGACAAGGAGGGACGCUUCAAGUUCCAGUUUGGCGAGUGCGGCAAGCGCGACUCGCAGCUGCUCUACCCGAAUCGAGUGGCGGUGGUGCGCAAUUCGGGCGACAUCAUCGUCACCGAGCGUUCGCCGACGCACCAGAUCCAGAUCUACAAUCAGUAUGGCCAGUUUGUGAGGAAGUUCGGUGCCACCAUACUGCAGCAUCCGCGCGGCGUCACCGUGGACAACAAGGGCAGGAUCAUUGUGGUGGAGUGCAAAGUGAUGCGGGUGAUCAUCUUCGAUCAGAACGGCAAUGUGCUGCACAAGUUCGGGUGCUCGAAGCAUCUGGAGUUCCCCAACGGUGUGGUCGUGAACGACAAGCAGGAGAUCUUCAUCAGCGACAAUCGGGCGCACUGCGUCAAGGUGUUCAACUACGAGGGCCAGUAUCUGCGUCAGAUUGGCGGCGAGGGCAUCACCAACUAUCCAAUUGGCGUCGGGAUCAACUCGAAUGGAGAGAUUCUCAUCGCGGACAAUCACAACAACUUCAAUCUGACGAUCUUCACGCAGGACGGCCAGCUGAUCUCGGCGCUCGAGUCGAAGGUGAAGCACGCCCAGUGCUUCGAUGUGGCGCUCAUGGACGAUGGCAGUGUGGUGCUGGCCAGCAAGGACUACCGGCUCUACAUCUAUCGCUAUGUCCAAUUGGCGCCAGUGGUAUUGCACAAAUUGCACAGCAACAUCAUUGAGAACAACAAGAGCUACUUGGCAGACAGAAUACAGCAACAUUUCAUUUAAAAAAGAAAAGGCAAAAAAAAUAUUUUUAAUAACUUAACAUUCCCCAUUAAAUUGUGUUAUGUUAAAUUUGUUAUCGAAGAAAGAAAGAUGAAAUUAAUGAGUGAAUCGCAUUCAUUUUGAUGGCAAUGCAUAAACAAGUUUACGUUACGCAAUUAUUUUAAAUCAAUUUUGGGACUCAAAAAAUUAUAUAAAUAUUAAUAUAUUUGCAAUUAGUGGAAAUGAGUCUCUACGGUCGAACCGCACACAAACAAACAAACACAUACAAGAAUCAACGUUGCUAAAUCAUUGAAAUAUGCAUAAAUGUUAUGCAUAAAUGCUCAUCUUAUUCAUAAUCACGCAUUCAAUAUAGAAUUUAGUAUUUAUAAAGCUAUAUAGUGCAACUAAGCCGAUCAUGGAAUCAUCAUCUAGUCAUCAUGCAUACAUAUAUGUAUUUUUAUAAUAAUUAAUAUUAAAAAAAAAAAAAAAAAAAAAAAAAAAAAACCGCAAAAAGAACACCAAUCUAAUGUUAAAUGUCGUUGUAAUUAAGUUUUCUUUAUAUACACAUAUAUAUUAUGUUUUAGCUAACGAUUUAUAUAUUUUCUGUGUAAGGAUUGAUUUUAACGUCUCCCGCAAUUUGAAUUUCUCUGCUAAAGCCAAGUUGAAUUUGAAAAUAAAAAACAAGUGUAUACUGUAUACAGGGUGUUGCUUAAAUGGCUUUCAUAUACUAAAUAGUAGUAUGAAAACAAAACAUUUUAUCAGCUAAAGUAAUAUGUUUUCUUUAUGGUUAAUUGUUUACAUUGUACGUUCAGUUACAACUCGUAUAUUUCGCUCAAAUUUUGUUUUACACUUAAGAAAUACAAAACUAAAACCAAAAAAACCAAAAAAAAAAAAACUCAAAACAAAAAUGUUAAAGCAAAGGACAAGAAAAUGUGGAAAAUAUGGACUGACAAGCAAAUAAUGUAUAUCAUAGAGGGUUGGCAUUUUUAUUCUAUACAUAUAUAAAAAAAAGCUAUAUUACAUGUAGACUUUGUCAGGCAGGCCAUUCUCAGCUGUUUCGAACGAGAAAUUGUUAACUUUUUGCGUUGAAAUGAAAAAGGAAAAUAAAAAAUAUAUACACGCCCACCAAAUGCAUACUAUAUGCUAUAUACUGUUUCUAAUAUGCAUACAAAGAUUUAACCACAGUACAGAACAAUUACAAUUCGGUUCAAGUUUGUAACUGACUCAACUUACUGCCAGGAUCAGCUCAGCUCAGCUCCUCAGACACCCUGCAUGAUACUCACUCAGUCAGUCAGUCACUCGACCAUUCAAUCAGUCAUUCAACACUCAACCCAAUCUUACCCACAACUCGAGCACAAUUAAAUGUAAUAAACCAAUAAACAAUGACAAUUUUCUUGAAAAAUCGAAACCAAAUACGCAUUUAACUUGAAUAUUUUGUAUUUUCAAUUACAACCAACUGUUUUUUUGUAUUCAAUUUGAAUUCCUCAAGAACAAGCUAAAAACAAAAGCGAAUUAAAAUGUAAUAUUAAUCGUAACUAAAUCGAAUACGAUGUAAUUGAAUGUGAACGUUAUUAACUCAUUAACUAUUAUUAUUAACUAAGAUUCCAACUGUAUGCGCAUUUUAUAUAUAUACUUAUAUAUAAAACAUUAAGGCAAACACAAGAUAACAACUCAUUAAUGUAAUGUGUAAGAGAAAACCAAAAGUACUUACAGUAAAUUAUAUAAAAAUAUUUUUAUACAUGUGGAAAAACGUAUAACAAAGAAAAAAAAUCAUAAUUUAUUAAAAGCUGCAGUUUGCUAGAGUGGCGAGUUCGGGAACAUCUAUUUGAAUUUGAUAUAACAGAUUUUGAACUCUACUCUAAAAUCCAGUAAAAUAAUAAUAGAAACAAAUGAAAGUCUUUUUAAUGCUUAGGGGCCACAAUUUUCGAAGUAAUUAAAAAAGAAAAAAACAUGAAAUUAUUAUUAUAUUAAAAUAUGGUAUUAAUUAACAUUUAAAAAAUGUUGUGUAACAUUAAUAUUAAACCAACCAACAAGAACAACCAGCAACAACAAUUGUAUUGUAAGAAUUUCUAUUUCCAUUAAACCACAAUAAAAUUAUUUUGUUUUUAAAUAAA